AUGCAGCUUCUGAUCAGCGAGCAGAGCAAGUUUGAUGACAUAUGUCAUCGAAUUUUGAGGAGGAAGCCAAAAGUUUAUCUCGAUACGGAGUUUGUCAGGAAAGGUUCGCUCUUUGACAUGCAUUUGCAUGCUUCAUCAUUUCUAUUUGUGUCAUGUGGUACUGGUAGGUCUAGCGUAGAUCAUGUUUGAGUAUCUUCUUGUUGCGAGAGUCUGGCUAGUACCUGUUAUUCAUUGUCGCACGCAAUGUGUACUAGUUGUACGGAAUAAUCAAAGGCAAAAUACCCUCGUCAAAUGAAAUCUUUCAGGUAAGACAUUCCACGCCGUCCUUUCCUUGAUUCAAAUCGCGGCCGAGAUUCCGGAGGAAAACUGCUCCAUUCGGGCCGUGGUAGAUGCGUUUUUGGUGACCGACUUAUCCCUUUUCGGCCAGAUCCUGGACGACCACGAAAUAUUGAAAGUGUUGCACGCCCCGUCGGAGGAUUUUCGCAUCUUUCUGCACCUGUUCAAGGGCCUACCAAAAAAUGUUUUCGACACGCAGUGUGCGGCCAGUGUUUCGGAUGUGCUCGGGACAAAUAGCACCAGCCCGGGGAACUGCAUCGGAUACGGGAAGCUUUGUACUUCUUUAUCUAUGAUGGGAUGAAAUAAAUGCUACGACUACGAGCUGCAUCCGAUGGAAUUUGCUAGAAAAAAAGAUAGCUUCAUUCAAGUUCAACAACUGCGCAACUUCUAUACCACCAGGUAAAGCCGUCCUGAAUAUCGAUGUCGAUAAAAGCAUGCAGAACACAGAUUGGGAAAAACGACCGCUGACCAAGGCGCAUUUGGACUACGCCAUCCUGGAUGUUGAGUACUUGAUUCCGCUCGAGCGUAUCUUGUCUCAACAGUUGGAGCAGGCGGGAAAAUGGUAGAUAUUUUCUCAUCAACAUCGAGCGCCUUCUAGAAACGGCCCCAAGUGGUCGUGUGAAAGAUUGUUGCGGCAGUCAGGUGCUUCUUGACUUUGAAAUUUUGAUUAACAGGCGGUCGCCCUGCCCCGCUUGUCGUGCGCGUACUGAUGACUUAUUUGCAAACUACUUUUCGUGCUGCUUUUAUACCAGGUCAAAAUACAUGGUCGAGCUUGCUUCCACGGUCAUGAAGCCGGAGGCCUACAAAGCACAGCCGGAAAAGCUGACCCGGCGCAUGUGUCAAGAAACGUUGGAUUGGUACAAGCACAAGGAGGAUCAGUUUGGGGAUGUCACUUUCGAGGAGCCGGAAGCGAACCGCAUUUUGGCCCUGAUGCAGAACCAACACAACGGCAUACCCGGGAAGAAAGGCCCAAAAGGUGGCGGAAAGGGCGGCAGCAGCAGUAGCAGUUCCAUGUUGCCUGUCGGUGGGGGUGGUACAAAAAAUUUCGAUUCUUCUGGUGCCGUGCCUAUGACAGGAGAAGAAGUCUCGCGGAGGUGUCUCACCGGCGGUAACUCCUCCUGCAGCACGUCUGCGACAAGUAGCAAAAGCACGCUGCCGCAGUACAAUAGUGGCAUAUAUGGAGCAGGCGCGGGCCCCGCCGCGCCCAUGAUGGGAAGCGGCGGCCCUGGUAGUUCUGCUAACGGUAGCGGUUCUACUUCUUACGGGCAUCAAGCAAUACACAGCACGAAUUCAGCGUCAAAUCACCCGUCGCCACAGGAGCAGCGGAGUCACAGCCACCAGAGCACGUACUCGAAUCAGAGCGCCUCGAGUGCCGGUUCUUCGCAUCUGCAAAACCCGAACUCACCGGAAGCGCUCGCGCGGGCCUACGUGCUGGCUGCCACCGCCCGUCAAGCCAGCGGAAACAAGAAACACACCUUUCUGCGACGGUUUCACGCGUUGCUUUGUCUCCGGGAGGAGGUGGCCGCGGAGCUCGAUAUUCCGCGGCAGCAAUGCGCCAGCGACGAGGCGCUGAUGCAGGUCGCAUGUUGGCUUCCCACGAAGGAGGAGGAGCUCCGGCAGUGCAACCUGAUCUGGCGUCAGCACCUCGCCCGCGACGCGACUGGCCGCGAAAUACUGCUGAAAACCUGCAGCACUUUCAAAAUCGUGGCCGAGUAUCAGCGAAGAAAUCCGGCGCCCGUGCCGCCAAUGCAGGCAUCGAAGGGCAGCGGUGGACCCGGAGGUCCACGCGGAGGUCCUGGUGCGCGCGGCGGCGGCGGGGGAAAACACAUGCACCACAACGGGGGAGGCGGAGGCUACUACUAGAUACGGGAAAAUGUCCAUGUUCUAGAAGUAGGAUGCUUGUUCACCUCUCUUUCUUCUGCUGCUUCCGCGAGCAUGUUUGUGAUACCAACAUUGACCACGCGUCACCGUUUGUUUCCGGAAACGGAAUACAACUUCAACAGCAAGAGCAUCUUUUUCUCCUGAGAACAAAGCGACCUUACCUCCCGAAGCAGAGAUAUAGUUUUUCAAUCACUGAUAUCCCUGUGUACCUAUACUAUACUUUUGUGACCACCUCCUGUUCGAAAGCUCCUCGACGACAAAUUUCGACACGACACUCCGCAGCUGUGCGUGGUGAAGCAGCUCGGUCUGUGCCCACUCUGCAGCUGACAAGCGAGAAUUAUUCACUGCUGGAGUUCCUCCUACCGACAGCGCCCGGCACGUAAUAGUAUGUUGAGUAAACCAAAACCUGCGACAAAAAAAAAUUGAGUGAUAUAUCAAUUUGUCAUCAGAACGACGACGACCUAUCAUCAUGAUGCAUCAAGAGCAACACAUCAAAAUGUCGGCAAACGCAACCGCAUUUUGCAAUGUGGGGGAAGGCGCAACAAGCUGCAACGGAUGAUCUUCAAUGCGAAUGCGAAAGAACAAGCAAGCAAAAAGACACCUACUCCGUCGACGGCUUCGACUUGGAAGUCUUGAU